UAAGAAGAAGUUUAGAACUUGACCCACUUAUAAACCAUAGUAGGUUGCUAACCAUCUGUCAUUGCAUUUGAUCCCUAUACCAAUCAUUAUGUUAAAUUAUCGGAAAAAAUCAUUUAAAAUCGUUUUUAACCAUUGAGAAAAGCCCACACAGUGUAAAUUUGAGAUAAGCUAAAAUUCCUAUUCGACCAAAGGACAAAAUUUUCGGCGUAAGUGCAAUGUCCCAGGAUAUGUCCACAUUUUUGGGCGGAACUCGACGUAGCCCACCGGACCGAUCGAAGAUGAUCAAGGCCAAAAAUGGAGCAGGGGUCACCGGAUCGUCAGGCGCUGAAGGAUCGGGAGGAUCAGGAGGAUCAGGUGGAGGUCGAUCGCAGCAGGGGACAGGUGGUGCAAGAGGAACAGCAGCCACAGCCAGGCGCACUGGAAGGCCGCCAAGUGGAGCAAGUGCACCCAAGAGGAUCACAAAUAGGGCCGCGAAUUGCAGCAGAAACUUGCCAGGGGUAACGGCGGAAUUAAGCGGAGCCGUGUCCAAGAGAGCCACUGGUGGUGGUCCAACCAGGAUAAUCCAGACAACGGCCACAUCCACGCUCCGUCGAAGGCAAGCACCGGCGGCUCCAGUGAGGGAACCCGCUCCCCGCCGGAUAAACGAGGUGAAGUGGAUCAUGAUGCCGUCGCAGAGCUUCGUGCAGUGCAGCGAGACCUCCUCCUCCGAGGACAACAGCCUGGAGCAGGCCAAGAGUCCUCGGGUGGAGGAGGAGGAGGCUCGGGAUGUGGGCCUGGACAAGAGCAGCAGCAGUGGGCGCCUGCACCAGCUGGAGGAGCUGCACCCGAUGACCCUGCCGGAUGAGCCCGUUGGUCAGACCAGGACCAAGGUGCGAUCCUCGCGCGCUUUUCGUGUUCCCAGCCAGCGGAUCAUGCACGAGGAGGAGCUGAUGCGGGCCCAGCUGCUUCAGAUGCUUCCACGGCGGACGAGGACCCAUUCCAGCAGUCGUUACCCUGGCCGGGCUCCCAACUGGUCACCCCAUCAACUGCCCAGUAGGCUUCCAAGUCCCUCUCCCAGUAGGCUUCCAAGUCCCUCCCCCAGUCGCUCUGAACACCCAAUCGUCAGUCGUAUGCCAUCGGAGGAGGACCUCAAGGACGUGACCCUGUUAUCGCAGCCAAGGCUAGCAUCUGGCCUCAUUUCCUGCGCUCCCAGUCCGACCGCAAGUCCAGGUCCCAGCCUCAGUCGCCUCCAGAGUCCCAGCACGAGUACCGACUGGAAUCCAAGCUGCAGCACCAUGGAUCCCCAUGCAAAAGGUCCCACUUCCAGCUCAAAUUCGGACGCGAGUCCCAGCAGCAGCCAAAGUAGCUCAUCCAGCACCAGUGAAAGCCAAUGCCGGAGUAGGGACGGGAAUAUCCAGCGGUCCAGAGGUGGUGUGGGUAGCAAGGCCAUCAAGCUGACCUCGACGGUGAUCAAGAUCAUGCCAGCGGAGGUCAGGAAACCAAUAGAAGUUCCCAAGGAGAAGGAGAAGGAGAUGGAGCAGGGCAAGGGGUCGAUGCCACUUCAAGCCAAGAUGCCCCCAGUAUUUCAGACUAAAGAACAGGCAGAAACUAGACAGGCCAUGAAUGCAAGCAUGGUGCAAUCGAUUGCGCCACCCAAGUUCACUCCCAUGGUUCAGGUGGUCAAUCCGAUCAGUCAGUCGGUGAAUCAUGUGGUCAACCAACUGACGGCCCAACUCAAAGAGGCCGCGAUGAUGCAGUCAAGGGAUGGGGACAAGUCACCCGAAGGAGAUGCGUAUCAAGCGUGGACAUCAAAGGGUCCGGCAAGAAAGCCCUCGAUUUAUCUGCUCUUGAAUCAGCCAAAAGAUCAGUCUGCGACUUCAUCGAAUGCACCAUCCAAGGAUGCCUGGGUUAUCCAACCAAUGGAGCAGCCAAAGGCAAUGCCGGUUGCAAAAAAACCAUCUCAGAGCUUGAAAAUGCAUCAGCCAAAUGAGCAAACAUGGAAACAGCAGACCAAUCAUUAUCUGAACGAUCCCAAAGAACAUCCCGGCCACAAUUUUAGUAAAUACAUGAAUCCACCGAAGCAUCGGUAUAUGAAUACGCCAAUGAAUUUUGAAGGAAAUCAAUAUCAAAACCAGUCCAGAGGUCAUUCGUCGAUGGUUCCAUCCAGAAUUCCCUCCAAACAUCAGUUGGACUUUCAGUCAGGGAUGUCAAGGAAUCCAUACAUCCAAAAAACUUCGAAAAUGUCAUGCAGGUUUAAGCCCGAGACGCAACGAGCACAUCCAGCUACAACGAUCCAGCCUGUUUCCUUGAACAGGGUCACCCGGCCAGCCACCUCCUUGGGACGCCCUUAUGUGGUUCCUCCACCGCCGACGCAGCUGCCGGAUGCCCCAACUGGUGGCAAGAUCGUCCGGAAGGACCAGCACAAGGUGCCGCGCACCAUGGAAGAUGGCAUCGACAUGAGCUACCAGUACUUCGUGUCCAUUCCCCUCAAGCGCGGCAGGAAGCCACAGGUGGUCCGCUACCUGUACCGUCCGAUGGUGCGCCAGAUCAACCCACCCAGUUCGCCCAAUCGCCGCUCCUCGAGGCGGGCGAAACGGAAGGGAGCAACUGGCGGAGAUGGAGAGCAGGCACUGGCAGCAGAAAAGGAUUCGCAGAAGAUGGAUCCGGCUCUGGAAGCUCUGGGCGGAAUGCCCCUGCCGCUGGAGGAUCCAUCGAAUGCCAGAAACACAUCCCAGAAAUCGGAUAAUCACUCUUUUCCAGAUCCGGAGGCAGCUCCCUACGAGGUCCCACCGCUGAAGCUGGAUGCCCGCUAUAAGGCCAUGAUGGAGCAGUUAACCCAGAUGCCGUAUCCCGAGGAUAAGCCUGGUCGUCGUCAUCGUCGCCGGCGCUCCAAUCGCCGAGCACGCGCCGCCGGUGGCGCUGAGCAGUUGGCUCCACCAGAGCAACACUUGGGCAUUGGAGGCGGCGACGCCGUCAGGCAUGAAAUGCGCUCCCUAAAGCAGGUUUCAUCCAUCUGGAAGUCGGGUGCCCGCUUGCCCACGCUGGUCAACUAUCGACCGGGUGUCAGUCGUCUAAGCACGACCACCGGAUCUCCGAUCUCGUUCCAUUCGCCCGUGCAGUUUCGCCCGUUCGAGGAGGCCGGAGUGGAGGGCUUCGUGCUGCCCGGCGAACCCAUGAUCCGGGCCAUCACAUACGACGACAUCGAGCAGCAGGAGCACCAACUGGAGAGGGAGGAGCCGCAUCAACAGCACCAGAUUGAGCAACUGCUGCUGGAUCUUCAUCCAGAGAAACGCAAGGGGGGCGCCACUGCGAUGGUAAAAUCAGUGAGCUUCCAUCCCGGCGAUGUGAAAGAAAGUGAAAUCCGGACGGAGAGCAGCAGUUCCAUCAGCAUUAGCUUGACCUCAAGCAGCAGCUGCGGCAGGACCAAGACCAAAGGACGUCGGGCCACUCGGAAGAGCAAGGCCAAGUCCAAAGGAAUAGCUAAGAAUCGCAGGUGAGGUUCUCGGCAAGGGAACUGUGUGCCACCAUAAGACUGGGCACCACCACCACAGAAAUAUUCAUUGAUUUACGUAGCCUCCUACUUUUUAAACUAUUGAAAAAAUUGAAAGUUAAUUGUAGCAAUCGUAGAGGUAAUGUCUCUACAAAAUGAAACAACAUUGAAACUUUUAUAUUUAGUUAUGUAAUUCAAAUUUUUUUUGUAAAUUUAGAAAAUAUAUUUCGAACGUAUUGCAACUUAUUCCUCAAGCUUCAAAUACAAAAACUGAAAACUCGUUUGUUUGUUUAUAUUAAAGAACAGUUUUAUAUGUAAAUACUAUUCCAAAAUUAUAACUGUCAAAGCAGAAUAUUUAUAAAAUUUCAGUUAUACUUUAAUAAGCCAUUAAUUCGCGAGUGGACUGGUGGUUCAACUCAACUGCGGAGGCGAUGACUUCACCUGGCGCACCUGCAAAGGUCAAGGGAGGUGGGCCAGGGUCAAGGUCCUGCUGGGGCGAUUGCUCAAUGUCAGGAAGUUGGUCAUUAGCGAAGGAACUGGGGCAGAGACUAACGAGAAGCGAUAGUCCUACCCCCAGUGAUAAUGCGACCUAUAAAAAUAGCUUUCAAUUACGCGGAAGUGGUUCGGAAAUUACAUAAUUGGUUGAUGUUUUAAUAAUAGCAACUAUUUUCUUUUUGCUUAUGAUUUUGAAUAAGUUCUAUACUAUUUCUAGACUUUCAAAAAUGGUUUGUGCUGAAAAUAAUUGGAUUCCUUUCCAUUUAAUUAGUUAAUUUCACACCUACAACCUAUAGUUUUCAAUAAAUCUGAGCCUAUGCUUGAGUAAACUUUCCUCUCUUAUAUUAUUCUUCCACACACCCAUGGGCUUGUGACCUAUUUGCCUACGCAAUCAAUUAGUCAGACGUGAUUCCGGCUAGUGCAAAGUGAUCACUUAACCUGGACGCACCCCUCCCCAGAGCCCCACCCUGCUCCACCCCUGGCAGUCGCAUUCCAUCGGAAAGUCAGCCCAACAGAACCGAGCCAAAGUCCCCACAUCGAAUGCAGGCAUUAGUUCCAAUUUGAAGCGCCGCCGGUUCUACCUAAUGUAUGGCCCCAAAGGUGUCACAUACAAAGUAUUUACUAUAUGGGCAUGGGCCUUGCCAUAUGUGUUUUUCUGGGCAAUCGAAUCGAAUGUGAUUUAGAUAUCGGUUACUGGGUCGUCGAACGUCGUCCGCAAUCCAAAACAAUGGAGCGUAGAGCCCAGCCAGCUAGAGGUAAUACACAUAUAACGAGAUAAAGCCCCAACUAUGUCCAAUUAAGAUUUACGGUUGAAAGUCAAGGGCGCGAGGGAGGAAAAAGCUGCGGAAAAUUUCUGAAAAGAGAUUGACUCUCCCUCACUGUUGUACCGAGGAGCUCUGUCUCUCUUUCUGCGAGCACCUAAGCAUCUAACAACAUGCCGCUUAUCAGCGUUAGAUGCACUCGCUCACCCAAAUCGAUUCGUUUGCCCGAUAGGAAGACAAUACAGACGGACCCGGACAUGGGGAAGGCGGCAAAUAGGCGGGGACAGUCGCCAAAGCCCCGGCUGAUUGCCUUAUCGGCAACGUGGAUGUGAAGUGCGUCCGUUGGACUUACAACGAUCGGGGGAGACAAAUGAACGCCGGGGAAUUGGGUCGGCUGUCGGAGACUUCAAUGAUUAAAUGAGUAUGCCAUGUCAUUCAGAUGCUAAGGGCCUCUUGAUCUACGAGAUUGGUUGAGAAAGUGGUUAUUAUUGCAUGGUUAAAGCAUGAAACUUGCAAAAUUGUAGAAUGAUAAUUUCACUAAUCACUUCCUAACUAAAAAAAUAUAUUACCUAACUUAACUUUGCAUAUUCAUAUAUCAGCUAGAUUUUAACAAUUUAACAUUAUUUUGUAAUUUUGUUUUCAUUGAAAGUAUCUUAGUUAAUCAAAAGCAAGGUUCCCAUACAAGAAAUCCAAAAAAAUUGUAUGGGAAUAAAGUAGAGUACUCAUACACAAAUGAUUGUUCAAUUAAAUUUAAGGUAGAUUUGUUACAAAGGCUGAAUUAGUGGUGUUGUUCAAAUCUUAAUGUACCUAAAUUUGAAUUGCAAUUUGAGUAAUUUGACUCGGUAAGCUCAGUGUUUUCAUAUGUUCUCUCAGUUUAAAAACUACGUUUAGCCUAUCAUAGGGUUAAAAUAUAAAAGUGUAGUUUUGGGGCAGAUGGAGGUGUAAAUCAAAAUAUUAGUUAAAGCCAGAACAAACUUGAAAACCGUAUAUACCCCUUCCAAAGGGAACGAGAAAGAAUGCAUGUGAUGUACGCUUAUCCGAGUUUACGGCAGUGAUAAAAUAGAUUGAGCCAAUUGCCGCCCAGAGAUCGGGUUGUAUAACACCUGGGCACACAUCGCUAUAAUAUAUGGUCCGACACUCUCUGUUUCAUCAUGACGAGUACAAAUGUAUGUAAUUGCAGGGGGAGGCUCAGAGAUGAGGGGUGGAACUCAAUUUAAGCUCGCUAAACAAUUCUACACACAGUUUAAUUAGCACUUUGGACUGCGGGGGAAAUAGUGGAAACUGUAGUUUAGAAACUACUAGUAAACAGGCGCUCACGUAUUGUUUCGAAAUUAUGUGAUUCUCGGAAUUAUUUGAAUUCAGUUUCCACCGAUUCGGCGUACCCCAAUGUUUUAGAAUCCAUUCAAGCGUUGUUAUGGUAUUAAAUUUCUAAGAAAAUAAAUAUGUCAGCUGUGUUGCAAAUAUUUUUGUUAACCAAUUAGCAUGGAUAAUUGCAAUAAAGAGACGACUUGAUCUUGAAGGAA